GUGCUCAAACCAUUCUUACUCAAGUUCCUAAGAGAUGUCUGCAGAAGUCCAGAAGUGCAUUUUCAUGGCUGGUCGAAGUUCAAAGCGGCAGCUGUUUCUAUUCCCUGGAGGAAUUGAGAGACAUUUGAAGAUCAAAACCUGCUCCGUUGCACUAGAUGUCAUAGAGGAAUUGUGUUAUGAGAUGGCGUUACAAAGGCUGGAGACAAUGGAUGAGUACACGGUUUUCAUAGUCACCGACAGAGGUUCUGCCAGACUACCUGAAGGGUCUGUUGAAUGUCGUACCUCAGGGAAAGAUCAGUGAACAGCAGUUUGCCAAACUUGCUGCUCUUCAACACAGAGCCAAAGACAGUCUCUACGCGCCUACUAUGUACACUAUUCCAGAUUUUCUGUAGUC